GGAGUCUCGCUGUGUCGUCCAGGCUGGAGUGCAGAGGUGUGAUCUUGGCUCACUGCAACCUCCGCCUCCCCGGUUCAAGCGAUUCUCCUGCCUCAGCCUCCUGAGUAGCUGGGAUCAUAGGCAUGCGCCACCAUGCCUGGCUAAUUUUUGUAUUUUUAGUAGAGACAGGGUUUCACCAUGUUGACCAGGCUGGUCUCCAACUCCUGACCUCGUCAUCUGCCCGCCUCGGCUUCCCAAAGUGCUGGGAUUACAGGCGUGAGCCACCGCGCCCAGCCCAAUGUACAUAUAUUUCAAAACAUCAUGUUGUACACCAUAAAUAUAUACAAUUAUUAAUCAUAUAUGACAUAUGUAUGUGUAUAAACAAAUAUAUAUAUUUGACAACUAUAAAGGUAGAACUUGGACCAGAAUCCAGGUUUCCUGACCCCCCCAGUCAGUCAUAAUUCCUUGUUAAUGUUACCAAUUACGAAUAAUUUUUUUUUUUGAGACGAAGUUUCGCUGUUGUUGCCCAGGCUGGAGCGCAAUGGCGCGAUCUCGGCUCACUGCAAUUUCCGGCUCCCGGGUUCAAGCGAUUCUCCUGCCUCGGCCUCCCGAGUAGCUGGGAUUACAGGCCCCCGCCACCACGCCCGGCUAAUUUUUGUAUAUUUAGUAGAGACGGGGUUUCACCAUGUUGACCAGGCUGGUCUUGAACUUCUGUCCUCAGGUGAUUCAUCCUCGGCCUUCCAAAGUGCUGGGAUUACAGGCGUGAACCACCGCGCCCGGCCCUUAAGAAGUCUUCACAUUCCUCUUUUACUUAAGGAAUUACUGGGCUUCGUUUCUGGAGCCUUGUGAGAAGCAUUACACUGUCCCCCCUUUUUUUUUCUUUUUUAAAAUUAAUUUUCCUGUAGGAAGCAAGAUCCCAUCUGUCCCUUCUUUAGGCAAUGAAGCUUUUUUCACCUUUGCAUAAAAGAACAGCUGAGCCCCCUUUUUAAAUUUUCUUUUGUCCUUACCGUCCCUUGAGGCUAGAAGAGGAUUCUCAAGGCACAGAGUUGUGGGCCACAAGAAUCCAGGUUGAGGAAACGGUGAAAGUCCUGAGCUGAAACAACUACCUUGGGGCAUUCAAGGAACAGCAAACAGCAAACCGACCGGCGGGGGUGGCGGGAGCUGGGCUGGAAAUCAGGUGGGAGAACCGGCCAGACGCCCGCAGGCGCGGUACGCAGAUAUCCUGGAAUGCGCUGGGGGCUCUUCCCUGGGCGCGGCUUCAGCACCCCGCAUUCCGGUCCCACCACGUCCCCACCCACCUGGAGAAGGCGGAGGCUGCACUGAGUGCCAGAAGUAGUCGAGAAGGGAUGAUUUUCAAGGCAUACCCUCUCUUUGCCUUCCCCCCUUUCCAAUUCUGCCUUGUCUUUUUCCUUGUUGUGGGUGCUGGCGAGGGAAAGCAGUCAAGGAAGUUGGUCCCAAGAGGGGAAUGCUUUCCCUUGGGCGCCAAGAGGCACUGACGAGGUGUCAGAGCCUUCUGAGGGACAGAUGAGACUUUGGCCCAAGGCCAGGAAGAUGUUCUCAGAUGUGGGCCGGAAGACUUGACAAUGCGGGGUCUCCCUCUUUUAAAAAUAUCCAUAUAAUCAAAGCCUUUGUUGACUGGCCCGCUCCGGCCCCUCAGUCCUCCACAUAUGCGCCCCAGGGCCCCAGCCCCGAGGUCCUUUUCCUAAUAUCCGCCCUUGCUCUCUCUCACUCUCCUCCGGUCGCCUGUUCCGCCCGCUCCCGCUCCCGAUCUCUGAUUGCUCCUAACAGACGUCACUCCCGGUCUGUCCCCGCCCACUCGGUGCUGCCAUUGGCAGUCGGUCGUGGGUACGCGGCUCCUGUGGGGGAGGGGGAGCUAUGGGAGGGGGCGGGAAUUCCCGACUCUAGGCCGGAAGCGCGCGGAGACCAUGUAGUGAGACCCUCGCGAGGUCUGAGAGUCACUGGAGCUACCAGAAGCACCAUGGGGCCCUGGGGAGAGCCAGAGCUCCUGGUGUGGCGCCCCGAGGCGGUAGCUUCAGAGCCUCCAGUGCCUGUGGGGCUGGAGGUGAAGUUGGGGGCCCUGGUGCUGCUGCUGGUGCUCACCCUCCUCUGCAGCCUGGUGCCCAUCUGUGUGCUGCGCCGGCCAGGAGCUAACCAUGAAGGCUCAGCUUCCCGCCAGAAAGCCCUGAGCCUAGUAAGCUGUUUCGCAGGGGGUGUCUUUUUGGCCACCUGUCUCCUGGACCUGCUGCCUGACUACCUGGCUGCCAUAGAUGAGGCCCUGGCAGCCUUGCACGUGACGCUCCAGUUCCCACUGCAAGAGUUCAUCCUGGCCAUGGGCUUCUUCCUGGUCCUGGUGAUGGAGCAGAUCACACUGGCUUACAAGGAGCAGUCAGGGCCGUCACCUCUGGAGGAAACAAGGGCUCUGCUGGGAACAGUGAAUGGUGGGCUGCAGCAUUGGCAUGAUGGGCCAGGGGUCCCACAGGCGAGUGGAGCCCCAGCAACCCCCUCAGCCUUGCGUGCCUGUGUACUGGUGUUCUCCCUGGCCCUCCACUCCGUGUUCGAGGGGCUGGCGGUAGGGCUGCAGCGAGACCGGGCUCGGGCCAUGGAGCUGUGCCUGGCUUUGCUGCUCCACAAGGGCAUCCUGGCUGUCAGCCUGUCCCUGCGGCUGUUGCAGAGCCACCUUAGGGCACAGGUGGUGGCUGGCUGUGGGAUCCUCUUCUCAUGCAUGACACCUCUAGGCAUCGGGCUGGGUGCAGCUCUGGCAGAGUCGGCAGGACCUCUGCACCAGCUGGCCCAGUCUGUGCUAGAGGGCAUGGCAGCUGGCACGUUUCUCUAUAUCACCUUUCUGGAAAUCCUGCCCCAGGAGCUGGCCAGUUCUGAGCAAAGGAUCCUCAAGGUCAUUCUGCUCCUAGCAGGCUUUGCCCUGCUCACUGGCCUGCUCUUCAUCCAAAUCUAGGGGGCUUCAAGAGAGGGGCAGGGGAGAUUGAUGAUCAGGUGCCCCUGUUCUCCCUUCCCUCCCCCAGUUGUGGGGAAUAGGAAGGAAUGGGGAAGGGAAAUACUGAGGACCAAAAAGUUCUCUGGGAGCUAAAGAUAGAGCCUUUGGGGCUAUCUGACUAAUGAGAGGGAAGUGGGCAGACAAGAGGCUGGCCCCAGUCCCAAGGAACAAGAGAUGGUCAAGUCGCUAGAGACAUGAUCAGGGGACAUUAGGAUUGGGGAAGACACUUGACUGCUAGAAUCAGAGGUUGGACACUAUACAUAAGGACAGGCUCACAUGGGAGGCUGGAGGUGGGUACCCAGCUGCUGUGGAACGGGUAUGGAGAGGUCAUAAACCUAGAGUCAGUGUCCUGUUGGUCCUAGCCCAUUUCAGCACCCUGCCACUUGGAGUGGACCCCUCCUACUUUUCUUAGCGCCUACCCUCCUACCUAUCUCCCUCUUCCCAUCUCCUAGGGGACUAGCGCCAAAUGGUCUCUCCCUGCCAAUUUUGGUAUCUUCUCUGGCCUCUCCAGUCCUGCUUACUCCUCUAUUUUUAAAGUGCCAAACAAAUCCCCUUCCUCUUUCUCAAAGCACAGUAAUGUGGCACUGAGCCCUACCCAGCACCUCAGUGAAGGGGGCCUGCUUGCUCUUUAUUUUGGUCCCGGAUCCUGGGGUGGGGCAGAAAUAUUUUCUGGGCUGGGGUAGGAGGAAGGUUGUUGCAGCCAUCUACUGCUGCUGUACCCUAGGAAUAUGGGGACAUGGACAUGGUGUCCCAUGCCCAGAUGAUAAACACUGAGCUGCCAAAACAUUUUUUUAAAUACACCCGAGGAGCCCAAGGGGGAAGGGCAAUGCCUACCCCCAGCGUUAUUUUUGGGGAGGGAGGGCUGUGCAUAGGGACAUAUUCUUUAGAAUCUAUUUUAUUAACUGACCUGUUUUGGGACCUGUUACCCAAAUAAAAGAUGUUUCUAGACA